AUUUAUUUUUUAUUAGUUAUGAGAAAGACAUAUCAACGUCCACACCAUCGAAAAGUGGAUUUACAAUGCCACCACCACCUGUAUCCACUAUUGUCUCGGAGUCACUUUCUGACCGAGAUGAUGACUUCUCAGUCCCUGGAGUUGAAGAGUUGGAUAGUAGCAGCGUACAGGAUAAAAACAUUCAGGAAUUAGAUGCAAGUAUGUCAUCACUGGAUCUGGAUGUCAUCAGUGAAGAUGAAUUUAACAACAUUAAAAACUCAAUUAUCGAGUGGGAAGAUGACACCUGGUGUCCUGAUAUGGAGACAAAGUCUGUGUCAUCAUUUGAAGAAGACGAAACAAAGGAAAUAGAUACAGACUAUGAUGACAGUGAUGAUGAUGACUAUAUGCCACAUAUUUGUGUGCGGACUGGCGGUGCUCUGAAGACUCCGAUUUGUCUGGAUUCCCUUCAAACAAUUAGUAUGGAGGACACUGUGCACGAUGCUGAAGACAACUCCCAAGACCCUAUUAUUGCAGACAUACAUCCAAUCCCAGAGACUGCUAAAAUCAUGGUUGAGGAUGACAUGAUUGGCCAGCCAGCAUCUAUAACAUACCACAGUUGUCUGAAGCUGCUUGCCGAAUAUCUUGUUCUACCUGUGAACAUGUGUACUGCUAAGGACACAAACACAAAUGCAGAGUGUGGGGCACAUAAACCAUUUGAGGUCAACAUCCAUUCCAGGGGUACAGCUGCAAUUGUGGAAUGGAUAUGUUGUAAUGGUCACACUGUUUGGAAAUGGUCUUCACAGCCCAAUUUUAAAUAUGGAAUGCUUGCUGGGGACUUUAUGUUGGCGUGUAACAUACUGCUGUCUGGCAUUAACUAUGCCAAGAUUUCUCUUCUCUUUAAAUUUAUGAAUAUGGGGAUGGUGGAGAAGUCAUCUUUUUUCCGAAUACAAGACUCAUACUGUGUGGACACCAUAAAGGAAUUCUGGAAGGAGAAGAGAGCUGAAAUCAUUGCCCAAAUACAGUCCAAAGGGCCUAUUGUGGCCUUAGGUGAUGCUCGGAUGGACAGUCCUGGAUUCUGUGCACAGUAUUGCACAUAUUCAACAAUGGAAAAUGAAACUAAACAUAUAAUCAGUAUGGUCAACAUCGACAAGAGGGAGACCAUGAGGAACUCUGUUGUAAUGGAGAAAGAGGCCUUUCAACAGACCUUCGAGGCACUCCGCAAAGAAAUAAACUUGACUGAAAUUUGUACCGAUGCUCAUUCUCAAAUAUCAGCUCUCUUCAACAAAGGGAAAUACAGAGACAGCGGAGUCUACCACACUCUGGACGUCUGGCAUGGGUCCAAAAACUUGAGCAAAAAAAUUCAUGCAGCAGGGCAGCAAAAGGGGUGUGCCAUUCUCCAGAUGUGGAAUAAAGACAUCUGCAAUCACUUCUGGUACUGCUGUAAGACGGCAGAUACCUAUGAAGAGUUUAUUGACAUGUGGGUGGGAGUCCUGCACCAUGUCACAGGAGAACACACGUGGGCUCUUGGUGAGUGUAAACAUGGCCCCUUGCUGGACGACAGAGAUAAAGAAUUGAUUGAGAGUGGUUCAGUGGCACAUGAGAGGCUGGCUGAAAUUAUUCUCCCCCAAGUAUCUGAAUUUCAGGUAUGGCAAGGUGUACAACAAAAAGUCCAGGAAGUGGAGGUUAUACUCAUUGAAGGUGGAGAAGGACUACAGCUACAUCUCUGA